UUAAAUCGUCUCGUAGCUGCAAACCCAUGUUUGUGAGAAAGAUAUAAAUCCAUUAAGUUAAUUAGUGCCAAAAACAAAAAGAGAAAACUACAUUUACCUUCCCUAUACGUCUUUCUCUCUAUAUAUACCAACUUUCUUCUUUGCCUCUAAAUGCCUCUGUUAAACAUUAAACCUCUCUCUCUUUCUUUCUCCUUCUUCACGUUUCACAAAAUCGACAUAUAUACUAAUUAAGUGGGAAGGGAUUAUAUGUGAAGAAGAUGGUGAAGUUCUCAAAGGAGUUAGAGGCACAACUCAUACCAGAGUGGAAAGAGGCCUUUGUUAACUAUUGUCAGCUAAAAAAACAAGUAAAAAAAAUCAAAAUAUCUCGUAAACCAAAACCCGCUUCUCUUUACCCCAUUCCUCAUGAUCCUGAUUUUGGCCGAUCUCUUUUCGACCCGGUUCGGAAAUUGGCUAGGACCUUCUCGGACAAACUAUUUUCGUCCUCGGAAAAACCAGAGAUUAUUCAGGUAAGGAGAAGAAAAAGCUCAGAAGAUGGGGAUGACGUUGAGGAGAUUUAUCAAACUGAGCUUGUUCAGUUGUUUUCUGAAGAAGACGAGGUUAAAGUGUUCUUCGCAAAAUUGGAUGAAGAGUUAAACAAAGUGAAUCAGUUUCACAAAUCCAAAGAGACAGAGUUUGUGGGAAGAGGAGAGAUUCUGAAGAAACAGUUGGACAUUCUUGCAGAACUAAAACAGAUCUUAAGUGAUCGGAAGAAGAGAAGCCUUUCUGGCUCUAAUUCACAACGCUCCUUCAGUUCUUCUGCUCGAAAUUCUGACUUCUCUACAGGGUCACCAGGAGAACUAAGUGAGACACAAAGUGAAACAUCAAGAACAGACGAAAUCAUAGAUGCAUUAGAGAGGAAUGGUGUGAGUUUCAUAAACUCUGCUACGAGGCACAAGACAAAAGGAGGCAAACCCAAAAUGUCUCUCCGCGUCGACAUUCCCGACGCCGUGGCCGGAGCUGACGGUGGUGGUGCAAGAUCCAUCGCUACGGCCACUUCGGUACUAUGGGAGGAGCUUGUUAACAAUCCAAGAAGUGGCGGAGGAGAUUUCAUCAACCGGAAAAAGAUUCAGUGCGCAGAGAAGAUGAUACGUAAAGCCUUUGUUGAGCUCUACAAAGGUCUUGGCCUGUUGAAGACUUACAGUUCAUUGAACAUGAUAGCUUUUACAAAAAUAUUGAAGAAAUUCGACAAGGUUUCUGGUCAGCAAGCAUCAUCAAGUUAUCUAAAGGUCGUCAAGAGAUCGCAGUUUACCAGCUCUGAUAAGGUGGUAAGACUGAUGGACGAAGUGGAGUCCAUAUUCACAAAGCACUUCGCAAACAAUGACAGGAAAAAGGCCAUGAAGUUCUUGAGACCCCACCAGCAGAAAGAUUCUCACAUGGUCACUUUCUUUGUUGGAUUAUUUACGGGUUGCUUUGUCUCAUUGUUUAGUAUUUACAUAAUACUGGCUCAUCUUUCUGGAAUCUUCACCUCUGGUGCUCAAGUUUUAUAUUUAGAGACUGUGUAUCCUGUUUUCAGCGUUUUUGCGUUGCUGAGUCUACACAUGUUCAUGUAUGGAUGCAAUCUGUUUAUGUGGAAGAGCACGAGGAUAAACUACACCUUUAUCUUCGAGUUCGCACCAAGCACAGCGUUGCGUUACCGAGACGCGUUUCUAAUGGGAACCACGUUUAUGACAUCAGUCGUGGCCGCUAUGGUUAUACAUCUCAUCCUCCGCGCCGCCGGUUUCUCGGCCAGUGAAGUCGACACCAUUCCAGGCAUCCUCCUCUUGAUCUUCAUUUGUGUCUUGAUAUGCCCUUUCGACACAUUUUAUCGUCCUACAAGAUUCUGCUUCAUUCGCAUCUUACGGAACAUCGUUUGCUCGCCUUUCUACAAGGUUUUGAUGGUCGAUUUUUUCAUGGCUGAUCAACUUACUAGCCAGAUUCCAUUGCUUAGACAUAUUGAGUCAACUGCGUGUUACUUCAUGGCUCAAAGCUUUCGAACACACGAAUAUAAUACCUGCAAAAACGGAAGAAUCUACAGAGAACUUGCUUACUUGAUCUCUUUCUCACCUUACUUCUGGCGUGCCAUGCAAUGCAUAAGGAGAUGGUGGGACGAAUCAAACACCGAUCACUUAGUCAACAUGGGGAAGUACGUUUCGGCGAUGGUUGCUGCCGGAGUCCGCAUAACCUACGCAAGAGAAAGCACCACCGGGUGGUUAGCCGUGGUGCUUGUGAGCUCGGUCGUGGCCACGCUUUACCAGUUAUACUGGGACUUUGUCAAAGAUUGGGGUCUUUUGAACCCUAAAUCCAAAAACGCAUGGCUAAGGGACGAUCUAGUUCUCAAGAACAAGAACAUCUACUAUCUCUCCAUUGCGUUAAAUUUGGUAUUGCGAGUUGCUUGGAUCGAGACAAUAGUAAGAUUCAGGGUCAAUCCUGUUCAGUCUCAUUUGUUAGAUUUCUUAUUGGCAUCACUUGAAGUCAUUCGUCGAGGCCAUUGGAACUUUUACAGAGUGGAGAAUGAGCAUUUGAACAACGUAGGCCACUUUAGGGCAGUGAAGACCGUACCACUACCGUUCCGUGACAUGGAUUCAGACGAUUAAAGUUAAUAAUAAAUUGGAGGGUCUAGUGUCGAACCAGGUUCCAGGAAGCAUCUCGGAGAAACCUUUUGGGGAAGAUCCUGAAAUUGCUUAACCAUUUUAUCCUUAAAACAAACAGAACAGGGGACUACUGGAUUCUUGAUUUUUAUAAAACUUUCCAAGUGCAAAGACAAUUUAACUUCCAAGUUCGUAUAUUAAUUUUCUGUAAAUUUUGAUUUGAGGUUUAUGUUCAACUCUUCUCUUCUUUUCAAAUAAAAAUGUCACUGUUUGCUAUGCU